AUAUAUGUGUCGGUGUGCAUAGGUGUGUGUGUUUGCGACCGCGAGUAAAAUUAAAGGGGUGCUUAGGGCAAGGAAUCUGUGAACGAAAACAUUCACCUAGCAGCGUUAGCGGGCACGUUUUCCAGUGAGAAAGUAACCUUUUCGGCAUAAUGCAGCAAGAGGAUCUAGCAUACGAGAGGAAGCUGCGGCCAAUCUGGGAAUCGAUCGAAAUCGGCAACUACAAAAAAGCGCUGCAGGAUGUCGAGAAGAUGCUGAAGAAGAAGCCCACCCUACAGUGUGCCCGGGCACUGAAAGCCUGGGCCUAUCAGCGGCUUGGCCGCACCGAGGACAGUGCACCGCUGAUCGCGGCCCUCGAACAGGAGCAACCGAUCGAGGCGACCACGCUGCACGCGCUCACGCUGUGCUACAAGGAGAUGCAGCGGCUGGACAAAAUCUGCACGCUGUUCAGCAAUGCCGUGCGGCAGGUGCCGGGCAGCGAGGAGCUCCUCUCGCAGCUGUUCAUCGCCUACAUGCGCAUCGACGACUUUAAGGCGCUGCAGACGGUUGCGCUGCAGCUGUACAAGUUGCGCCAGCGCAACUCGUACUACUUCUGGGCCGUCAUGAGCGUGGUGCUGCAGGCAUUGCGUGGCCCGGAUGCGGCAAACCCGCAGAAGGCACAGCUGCUGCUAGCCCUCGCCCAGCGCAUGGUGGACAAGUUUAUCGCGGAGAACAAGCUGGAGGGUGCGCAGGAAGCGCAGCUGUACCUGCAGAUCCUGCAGGAGCAGCACAAGUACGGGGAGGCGUACGAGUUUUUGCAGGGUGCCUUAUGCCAGAAGCUGUACCCAGGUGCGCCCGUCUAUCUGCGGAUCGAUCUGCUCAAGCAGCUAAACAAAUGGGGCGAGUUGAACCGGCUGCUGAAGGAGCUGCUGCUGCAGGAGCAAGAUCGUUGGGAUUAUUAUCAGGAUUACAUCAAUUCGACGUUCGAAUUGAUCAAAGCGGGAGACAAACCGGACGGUGCUGACUACACGGUGGAAAUGUGUCACGAAUUCUUAUGCGAUAUUAUCGAAGCACAGCCGAAAAAGUUCCGUGGGCCUUAUCUUGCUCGGUUGGAACUAAACCGCCGCAUGGUGGAACUGCAGUACGCGGAAGACCAGCUGUUCGGCAAGAUGUCCGACAUGCUGGCGGAGUACUUCGAGCUGUUUGCCGACAAACCGUGCUGUGCGCUCGAUAUGAAGCUGUUCCUUGAAUUCGUCAAACCGGCCUCCGAACGCAGGGCGCUUGCCACGAAGCUAAUGAACGGUUUGGGGCUUAGCUCAGCAACGCUGCCGGCUAGUAAAGAACAAAUGCAGCGUCAUAUAUGCACGUUGCAGAUUGCACGGUACAGCGGAGCGCAUGCCAUCGUGAGCGAGGAGCUGCUGCACGCCAUCUAUACCUCGCUUAGCCUUCACUACGAACACGGGUACAAUGCGUACGGGCAGGGGCUGCUGGUGACGGACAUGGGACCAUCCGAUGCGUACGCCCUGCUUGCGGCGCAAAUAAUGUACGAGCGUGCCUGGCGAAUGCAACGGUCCGGUCCGGCCAUCGAAGCCCUCUGCUUGCUUAAUCAUCUGCUAGCGAACAGUGUGAACAACUUCCACGGCAAGCUGCUGGUGCUGCAGCUGUAUCACCGGCUCGGGCUCACGCAGCCAGCGCAGACCGCGUACGAAGCGCUCGACAUCAAGCACAUUCAGCUCGACUCGCUCGGCUAUCUGCACUGCGCCCAGCUGGCCAACGCUGGCUUUCCGGCACUGGCCAAAGCAACGUACGAGCGUACGAUGUACUUUUUCCUCAACGAUAACGAUGCCAAUUCCGAGGCACCGAAGGCGCUGUACAACUUUGGCACGUUCUCGAAGCUGGUCGAAAUCGUCGACUUCCGGAGCAGGCUCGCCCACAGCUUCCACUUUAUGCUCGUGACGGUCGAAACGCUGCUGCUGAUGGUGGUCAGCUCCGGUGGUACACUGGCCCAGCUGCUGGCAGCCUACCGGCAGACGCGCCGGAAACCGCACGAGGAUCGCAUUCGGUGGGACAAGCUGCACGAUAAUCGGGAUCUAACCAUUUUCGUCUGCUGGGAUCCGCCCGGCGAUGCGGAUGAGGUUGGUGCUGCUGCCGCCACCACCGACGGCCAACCGACGAACAAUGGGACGUGCGAGGGUCCGGAUGCGGUACCGUGCGCGUCGAAACCGGUCGGUGCUACGCUCGAGGAACGACGGGUGCGACUGCAAAAGUUGAGCUACGAGCAGGACUACGAUUUGCUGCGGUUACGCUCGGGUCUCUCGCGGAUGUUGUUCUCGCUGGUGGAACUAUAUCUCAGCCGGACGACGGUCGAGUGUACGGUGGCGCAAGCGGUGCGCGACGAGUGGGUCGAAGCAGUCGCGAACAUCCGCAGUAAACAGCACACCCCGAUCAGUGGCCGGUAUCUAGUCAAUCUGCUGCCCUCGCGUCUACAUCUUUACCUGAGCCUACCGUACGAGCGCGUCUUUACGCAUCUGGCCGACUUUGUGCUCGAUCUGUGGAAGGGUCACAGUGUCGAGCGUCUUGCCGAGGCGGCUGAGACGUGCUGCGGCGACAUAACGGCCGUGUUUGAGAUGAUGAAAGGUGCUAUCGAAACGUACCACCAGUCGCAGGAUUUGCUUUGGCAUUGGAAGAUGACUCACGAGCUCGUGAACGGUUGUAUUGAGAUGAUCUCACUAAUGGUGUUCGUGCUGGCAGUGUGUUACGAUAAGUAUCUUCAUGCGCCGGCACCGCAAACGCAGCCCACCACGGGGAAGAAAGGAAAGAAAGGACAGUCCACCACCGAUAGCAGCAGCGGAGGACCAGCGGGUGCCACAAGCAAUGUCACCGGCAGCGAUACAACUUCCGGCACCACGCCCACCAUCGUUCCCGAGCGUGAGCGUCUCGCACUGGUUACGAAGGUGCUCCGGGAAUUGAAACAACGAAUCAACGAAAUGGAUCUUGUCCUAGCCUCCUGGAAGCCACCGGUUGUCGAGGAAAGCCUCACAAGCGCUAUCGAGCGGAUGUCACUAAAUCCCAAGUAUGCGUCCACCAUACAAACGACCAUCGCCGAGAACGCGUUGACUGAAGUGCGGGAGUUGCGAAAGCUGCUAAAGGACAAGCUAAAGCUUAUGAGUAAAGCCAUUUAAGGCGGCGGGCGCGCGCGGCGACCACCUAGCGACUGGCCAACCCACAUCCACUCGUGGUGAAGGCAUCAGGCAACCGACCCAAAUGGAUAGGGGUUUAAAACUUGAUCGAGUUUUCCCGGGUUUCGUCUUUCAUCCGUAUGUAUAACCGGCGUCAGUGUUAUGGAAGCAUUUCGUCAUUUCGUCUAUGGUCCUUUUAUAAAGUACAGAUUAUGUUAUAAUAUUACAUUAGUAUGCGGAAUACAUGCAAAGCGGUCCAUCCAAAGCAAACCGCACAGUAGAUGGAAAGGACCGGGCUACGAUGCCAAAUUGUAAAAAAACAUUCUCGCGCCAACAGGACUUACGAUCGUAACAGUAUACCGGCUAUAGAUUUAUGAAGCAGCGUUAGAAUCAAAAUGUUUUACUUUUGUUUGUUUUGUUUUUGCGUACAGUAACGAUUAAUUGCCACCUUAGUUUUUUUUCCGGCGUGAAACACGAAACAGGUCGAAUGGAAGAGAUAAAUAAAGCUAAGAAGAACGAUGAAAACGA